ACGGCGGUCCUCGGCAGAUCUACACUUUGCCUCGUCCGUGCGAAAGCGCGCGCGCCCUGCGUCCGAAUUCCGCGUGUUCGCCAUCGCUUCGGUGGAGCGGUGGCGAUGAUUUCAUGGAGGACACCGGAGAGACCGAGGAGGUGGAGCCCAGUGAGCAGGGCGAAUCUGACGAAGCUCGUGAAGCUGAAGUUGAGAACAUCGUCAAGUCUCCUGAAGCUGUUGAGGAGCAGGUGGAACCUGAUCCCCCACGAAGUGUCAGAAGUCCAGGAGGCUCAGACAGCGCCAGCAGCACUAGUCGCUGGCGCAUUGACCUCUUGGAGCAGGCCAAACGCCGUGAUGAGCCGUAUCAGGGCCUCCUAGCACUCUACGACCAGUACAGCAAGUGCCACCGCAGAUUGGAGGCCAUGGAUCUGAAGAGUGGGAGUAGCUGCAGCGUGCGGCUUGGACAACAACCUGCAGAGGCCGAAAAGAAGGAAGCCGACCCAGAGAUGCUCCAACAGAUGCGGCAGAAGGAUGCGGAGGUGCAAGCGUUGCAAAGGCAAAACCACGAGCUGCAGGACGAGCUGCAUGAGAAGGAGGUAGCUCAUGCCGAAAUCUGCAGAGAAGCAACGAGAUUGUCUCAGGAAAAUGGGAAGCUGAAGAACGAAUUGGAGCAACUCCGAGAUCAGCUUCGACAACUUGAGCAGGCGCCUCGGUCUCCAGUCGCAUCCGGUGCAGCAGGACUGGCUGUGGAUCUGAUUGAGACGAGGCCGCCGGAAUUGCCCGAGCACCAAAAGGUGCGCGGCAACUUGCAGACGGAGCUGACUUGCAUCAGUGCAGCUUUGCAAAGCAGCUCUUCCUCUCUUCCGCGUUCGCUGGUGGCAGUGGGCACGUCCGAUGGCUUCGUGAAGCUCCUCGAUGGUGUGACUGGGCGCUUGGCAGUCCAAGUCUCGGUCGCGCGACAACUUCCCAAGGUGAUAGAUCUUCAUCUCGCAGAGGGCACCGGUGUUCUACUGGCCGCAUCUUCCGACCAAGCCGUACGCGUCUUGGACCUCCAGAGGCAGCGGUUGCUCUUCACUCUUUGCGGGCACCGUGGUCUUGUCUCUGCCUGUGGCUGGUUGCAGGCCUCACGUGCCUUCACUGCUGGUGCAGACAGGACAGUGAAGCUUUGGGAUGUGCAGACUGGGCAGAUGGUGAGGUCGAUGCCAUGUCCCGCACCCGUGACGACGGCAAGAGCUCAUCGCUCAUCUGGCGUGGUGGUGGCUGGCUAUGCCGAUGGACGGCUUUCCGUCUUAGACCAGCGAGUGCCAGGGCCUCCCGCAGAUGCGGUGCGGCUGCACCAGUCGGCGCAGGCAGUGGUGGGUGUGCAGCUCUCGCAAGAUGGCAACUGGGUCUUGAGCCAAGCGCAGGACGGCUCCCUUUGCUGCACUGCCUUGGGAUGUCCAGAGCCCACUCUACGACUGCAGGCUUCAGGGGCUUUGGAUAGCGGUCCAUCGCCUCCGGCCUUUUCGCCCGAUGGAAGCCACAUCUUGGCUCGAGGAGCGGCUUGCGUCCAUUGCUGGACACGGGACGGGCAGCUGGUUUACAACCACGACCUCCAGCCGACUGUGGGCAUUUCUUGGGACCUUCACCAAGCCUUCUCCAUCCAUCGCAACGGUCAUUUCUACAUUUGGGGAGCGAGAGACGAGGCCUCGGGCUCCACAUCGACCGGCUGAAACGGCGCGUGGUGCGAGGCGCGAGGAGAGCGAGACGAGGACUGCAGUUUUCGGCGGUCUUCGUUGCAUUCCCGGUGGAGAAAAGUGUGAG